CAGUCUCAGUCUUCCGUUGGCAGUCAUCGUGACUGGAGCUGGAUUAUACAGUUUACACAGAAUCGCGAUUCCAAUUACUCCACCCAAGUGUCUAAGAAAACCUCUCCCUCCAUGUGGGGCUCUAUUUAUUAUUAUUUAUUAAUGUUCAAGUGGAUAGUGUUUAACAAUUAAUAAAAAAAAGAACUGUUUUGAUAAAAAGUAAAAUUUUAAAUUGCCACUCGUUCGGCGCGGCGAUCGUUAAAAAUAUCGUUUUACCAUUUUGACGACAACGAGUAACGACACGACGACGCACGGACGUAGCGUCACUCGUCGGCGGCGUCUGACGGACGAUCAGACGCAUUUUUUUCAUUGCAACUUCGCUUCAUACACAUCGCAGAGUGUAGAAUAUAGGCUCGUAGGAAGUCAGGCUUUUUAGUAAGCGCAAGCGGCUAUAAGACUUCGUAUAGAGUUUAAGUGCAGGCGGGUGAAGGCGGUAGAUUAGCAUACCGGCUGCUGUUAGUUGAUGACAAACGAAACGAAUCGGACGCGGGAGUGUGUGUCGAAGCGAAGCGAUCUAUGCAUAAUAUCUGAGCUUGCGCGCGGUCUUGCAGUAGCAUACGCGAGCAACAACAACAACGUCGACGACGACGGACUACGAUUAAAGACAACAGAACGGCAGCACUGCUGCUGCUGUUGCUGCUGAAACAUGACAGAAAUUCCUAAUCCGACCGCGAUAUGAAUUUUUGCAGUUUUGUAUCUAGAAGAUACAUUUGAAUGGAAGGAAGAACUCUCAGAACUCAACACAGCUCAGAGGACGACACGCAUUUAUUUUAUUCACUUGACGUGCGAGCUAACGCGAAGACGUAGACGGGUGUGCAACGGUUUUUCCUUUUUUCUCGUCGUCGUUUAUUUUCUUCUGCUUUUUUUUUUAAAUUUGCGCUCGCUGUGCUCUUGUGGUUAUCGGUCCGUCAAUAAUAUAGUUUUUUAAACGAGUACCCUGUCCUGUCCCUAACUCAGAGGCCCAAGGGGACUGAAACGACUACGAAGACGACGAUAGCGAUAUUGCUUGGUUGGAGUCGGUGGUGGAGUGAAUUAAGUUUCUAGUCUAAAUGAUCGAUCGAAGGACAGCAGUAGUCCAUCAUUCAACGCUAACACGCGACCACGACGACAACACGGUACAACGACGGUGGUGCUCCGCUGUGUUCUGUGCAACAACUUUUUAAACAACAACAACAACAAAAACAAACAAAAAUGUGCUACAUAAUCAUCACUGGAUUUAGCCUGGUCUGGUUUAUCUUAAGCCUGAUCGCUGAUAUGUUUAUCGUGUCGGCAAUAGUCACGCCAAAGUGGCUGAUUGGCCCGAAUGCGGAGUUGGAGGCUUCGGGUGAAUCAAAUCUCACCGCCCACAGGUAUCCGUCGGUGGGCAUUUAUUCGCGGUGCAAGAAGAUGGAGCAGAUGGGUUUUCGCUGUGGGAGAUUUGACUUGGACGGCUUCGGCACAGACAGCCAAGUGUAUCCGGGCGAAUGGAAGGCGACAAUGUUCUUCAUAUCGUUGGGUUAUGCGAUCCUUACAACAACUGUGUUCCUGACGCUUCUCACCUGUUGCCGGCAAUCGUUGUUCGGCAAGAGUAUCCACAACAUUACGGGCUGUGCUCAGGUUGUUGCUGGAAUCAGCGUAAUGAUGGCGAUAUUUCUGCAUCCGAUGGGAUGGGGCGCGCCAAGGGUGUUGGCGCUCUGUGGACCUGGUGCUGAGCCAUUCUAUCCAUCAAUGUGUAGCGUGGGAAUAUCAUUUUACUGUGCUGUCAUAGGAUCUGUCCUAUGCUUCAUCUGUGCUGGAAUCAGUCUCAAAGCUGAAUCAUCAAAUAUGAGAACAAAAGUGAGACGUCGUGUAGAAGAAGGCGAUCGACUUGUUUGUAUUCCAUAAAAAAAACCACCAACAACUCAAUCACCAGUUAAUGAAAAACCCAGCAUCCAACAAUAAAAAUACUUAAUAAAUUUAACAAAAUCAAUACAAUUUAGUUUUUAAGAUUAUGGUAAAGCAAAUCUCAUGCAUUUUGUUUAUUUUUUUAUUUUGUCUUGUUGAUUAUAUUUCUGUUUUUUUUUUUACAAUAAUUUACAACAAAUAACUAAUUGUAACUUAGUUAGUUAGGAAGAAUACAAUAAUCUUAUAGGACCGUAAUUUAAGUCAAUAAAAUUACGUGUUUAUUUUUGUAUUAAAAUCGAAGAGGAGCAUCACAAAUAAAGGUUACUUAAAUUAUUUACACAUUAAGACCAACAA